AGUAUUUAGCAGUUGACAGAAGGGCCUGAAAACACAACGUGGGUUUUGUACGAAGGGAAGGGAAGGGCUGCAAGCACGGGCCAGUUUUUCCACCCCAGUCAUGCCUUCACUACCACCAAGAUGGCUUUCUCUCGAGACAUGAUUCUUCUGUCGUUCGCUGUGGUCGUUGUUUGCGUCCUGACCGCGGCACAAGACACCUACCGAUGUUGCUAUCAGGCCAGGGAGUACCCGUCUUGCCGUGCCGCUUGCGAGCAGAUGGCGGCAGAAAUCGACCAUGACACGAGAAUACAGCAUGUCAUGACCUUACCUAGAUACUGUCGUAGUGAACUGGUCGGUUUCUGGCAGUGUGUGAAUACCUCGGUGCUUGGGGAGCCCGAGUCAGGUGGGGAGUGGGUGGGACAUGCCUGCUGUGACCUGACUGUGUCAGACCUGUGCAAAACUGCCUGUUUAGAGGCCAGUUCAAGCAGUGAUAUCAGUGCAAUACCAUGUAGGAGAGAUCUUGAGCCUGCUCUACAUAGCUGUAUUGAAAGAAAUGAAAGACGUCAUACCUGGAUGGGUGAGCGGUGUUGUGGGACCAGUGUGAGUGCAGAGUGUGAGGAGGCAUGUAGUACAGUGUUCCAGACAGACUCCACACCCACCAGACAACAGAGACAGGCCAUACAGGACCACUGCCUGUUAGACAAUCAACAAGUCAUCCAGUGUGUGGACAACUACACCAACUCACGCCCUGCCAACAAUCCUGCUGAGAGUGUGAAGGGCAUUGGUUUACAUUGUUGUGAGCAGUCGAAUGAUGAGCAGUGUCAGGACAGGUGCAGGCGUGUUCUGGUCACCCUGACCAGUGAACAGGAGAUAGUAGACGGGCUGAUCGAGGGCUGUGGAGACCCCCUCCCUCAGGACCCUCUCUGGCAGUGCUUCCUCUCAGCAUCAGCCAACAACGGACAUGAUACGGAGGAGGUCAUCCCUGUAACAGGAUUGGACGGUGCGAAGCUUCAGUGCUGCUCCAAAGCAGCCACGUCUAGAUGUCGAGAUCUCUGCGUCAAGCUGUACAGUACAACUUGGGCCACUUCCUCCAGUUGGAACCAGUUUUAUGCAGACUGCCAGUAUCACCCUUCUGAGGAGGUCCUUAUGCAGUGCAUUGCUGAUGUUCAAGAACCGUGUCAGCUUGGGUGUUCAGAGCUGAACUUCUGCACCAACUUCAAUAACAGACCGACGGAGUUGUUCCGCAGCUGUGCUUCACGGUCGGACGAGGAUGCGGAACAGUACAUGUCAGACUGGCAGGGAGGGGUGAUCAGCAUGCCUGUGAUGACCAUCCCUGUGCGGGACGUGCAGGAGUGUGAGCCGGACAUGUGGAAGGCCAUCGCCUGCACCCUGCAGAUCAAACCCUGCCACAGCCAGUCUCACGGAAACAGGAUCUGCAAGGCUGACUGUGUGAACAUCCUGACCAGGUGUGGUGACCAGGCCCGCUUCCCUCUGGGCACGACAGUGGACAGUCUGUGUAACGCCCUGUCCCCCCAGGACGAGGAUGACCACUGUAUCACCCUCGCACCGUACCUAGUUCCCAGUCAGCACAUCAGCCGACUAGACGAGGUGACCAACCCCUGUAACCCCAGUCCCUGUAUGGAGUCAGUCUGCCACGUCAACAGGGCCAGGGAGAACUGUACAGGCUCCUCCUGUCCUCAGCACAUCUGUAAACAAGGUUGCCCGAUGGGUGAAGCGUCAGACUACGUGGUAGCAGCGGGGGCGGUGGUGAGAGUACCUGUAGCCAGUGGAGACCCCGGCUGUUACCGGGUGUGUCACUGCGGUGACGACAGGAGACUGGGAGACUGCACCACCCUGUCCUGUAUCCCCAUGGACACCUGUCUGGUCGGGGGACAGAUCAGAGACCAUGGCACCAGUUUUGAGAUGGACUGUAACAUCUGUGCGUGUUUUGCCGGUGAGCUGACCUGUACCAAGAGACCCUGUCUCUCACUCAGCAGUUCAGAGGAGGAGAGGAGAAGAUACACAGGUCUCCCCUGUAACUGUGCUGACCAGUUUGUUCCAGUCUGUGCUCACAACGGCAGGACCUAUCCAAGUGCCUGUUUGGCAAGAUGUGCAGGCCUUCUGGACCACCAGUUUGAGUUUGGAACAUGCUCCUCCCUCCACCCAUGUCAACCUGACCCCUGCCCAGCAAGCAAGAGGUGUAUCCCCAGACCUAAGGUUUGUCUGAAUGGUCUGGACCAGCAACAUUGUCAGCAGUACCAGUGUGUUCCCCGUAGCUGUGAGGGAGAGAUGGAGGAUCCUGUCUGUGAUGUGGACGGGGUUCAACAUCCCAACUACUGUCAGCUCCUGGUAGCAGGGAAACAACUGGGCUAUCACGCACCCUGCCAUCAGGAACAGUGUAAAGCCAGCCCUGUGUGUGGACAUAAUGGUGAGACCUAUGAGAGUAACUGUGCAGCCCACGCAGCCAGAGUCUCCAUAGACUACGAAGGCCCAUGUCUGGCUGUGGGGCUAAGGCCAGGACAAGGGAAGUACCCAGAGUGUUCCACGGUCAGCUGUCCUGACUCCAGCCUGUGUGAAGGGAUCAUUCCUCCUGGGGCCUGCUGUCCAGUCUGUGGUGGAGUGUUGGCGAUGUUGUACAGUGGUUGGUACGUGGAUCUGGUGUCCAGACAGGCGAGUAUCGGCCCCAUCACCGUCACACAAGUCAUCCAGCAGCUCAGGAACCAUGUGUCAGUGCCUCAGUGUGAUGUGUUUGGGUACCUGAGUAUUGAGGGAGACAUCAUCGCGAUAGUGAUGCCAGUCACACCCAACACCACACCGCUACAGGUGGAGGCCUGUAACCAGGAAGCCCAGAAGCUGGGGGCCCUCAUCAACUCUGGCAGCCCGGUGAUCGUAUCCCACGUGCCUCUGUCCUUCCUCACCUCAGCCUCGCUGCACCUCGCCGCUGUCACCAUGGUCAGUUCCGCAACAGCAGCUGUCCCCUCCCUGACAGCACUCCUGCUGCUCUGCUUAGGGACAGUGCUACACAGACUGUUCCAUGCCUCAUGACAGAUGACCCAGAAUUCUCCUGGGUUAAACUCUGGCCUGGAGUAAACAUUAUGUACAAUUAUCAGUCAGCAGAACGUAUUGCUUCUUCACAAAGUUUUUGUCAGACGUUUGGUCAACGUUGCAUUAGAAUUUUGCCUGUUGCAGAAAAGAUCUUUUCUGACACAGCAUUUGAAAACUGUAGACAGGGUGUCAUUUUUAAAUAUGUGAAUUCUUUGAAUGAGACAUUUGUGCUAUGCACAAUACAUUACCAAUUUUGCAAUGGAUCAGUAUGUUCUGCCAACAUGCUUGUACAAUCCACCCCAGAGAAAACGUUUGUUGUAAAGUACUUCUCAGAAAAAAGACAAUCUAGAAAAUGUGUAUACAAAUCAAGAGUGAAAUACUAACAAGGACGAUGUGUGAUGCAGUGCAAUGUGUAAUGGCAAUUGGACGGAAAUUUUACCAUGCCUCUCCUCUCUCUCUUAUUUGCAUAAUACUGUAGAUUCAUAUAUGUUUGCAGUACUUAAUUGUACCGUGGGGGGACGGAGGUUUCACAGUGUUUGAUAACAUUCGUGGUGGGCACAAAGAGUGCUCAUCUGAUCCAGUGUUUUUGGUGGAACCACCAAAAUAAAACCACUACAAAUGUUUCAAGAUUGAGAGUAUGGCAUCAAAGAGAUGUGAGACAUGUGUUGGAGAGGCAUGGAAAGCAAUGUUUAUAAUUGUUCUGGUGUUUGCUAUUCUUGUGUAAAGUAUUGUGACAAUCCUGACCAUUCCUGAAAUGUGAAAAGAGUUGCCUUUUACAAUCAGACAUGAAACGUAAUGUCGAGACAAUCAAGAGAUGGGUGUAGUGAAAGAUGGAAAGUCAGUUGUUGGGUCUGUAUAGUUUAUUGCACUGGUUGAGAUUCGUAAAGAAAAUGUGUGUUUGUGCUACGUAAAAAAUGAAUAUUCUAUUACAUAGCAAGUUUGAACUGUAAUUUCCAACACAAAAAUUGGACAUUUCCAAAUUUUUGACUGUACAACUCCAGUCUUUGUCAAGGAAUGAACAACCCACUGCAUCUGUGACACCACAGAGGCAGUGGAUCUCUAAUUCUUUGACAAAGACUGGAGUUGUACGGUCAAACAUUUGGGUAAGUCCAAUGUCCUAUGUUGGAAAUAUAUAAAGUUCAAACGUGCUUUGCAAUGACUUCUAUGUAAUGCAGAUAAACUUUCAAGAUAAUAUUCUGUUAUGAUAAUCCAGAUUGAAGGCAUAGAAGGCAAUCAUAGUGUUGAAUAUAUCUGUAUGAAUUUAACAAAUAUGAUAG